AUGGACCCUCCUCCCACGGGCGCAAAAGUCAUCGCCCAAGCCCUCCACGACCUGGGCAUUCCCGUCAUCCACACUCUUGUCGGAAUCCCCGUGGCCGAAAUCGCCGAGGAGGCCAUCGACCUGGGGAUCCGGGUGAUUGGGUACCGCAACGAGCAGGCGUGCAGCUACGCGGCGAGCGUCUAUGGAUAUCUCACGGGGAAGCCCGGGGUGUGUCUUUUGACGGGCGGGCCGGGGAUUCUGCAUGGUAUGGCUGGGAUUGGCAAUGCCUCAGCCAAUGCGUUCCCCUUGCUCGUCCUGGGCGGCUCGUCCGAGUCCAGCCUCGCCACCAAGGGCGGCUUCCAGGAGAUGGACGCCAUCGCCCUGCUGACGCCGCACACCAAGCGCGCCAUCCGGCCCACGUCGCGGGACCCGGCCACCAUCGUCGCCGCGAUCCGCAACGCCUACCGCAUCGCCUGGUACGGCCGGCCGGGCCCGUGCUUCGUGGACCUGCCCACGGAAUUGAUCAUGGAGCCAACGGUUCCAGCGAGAAGAUCGACUUCGCACCAUCCACCAAUCACUGUUCUGUCGCCGCCCAAACCGUCGCCGGAUCCCGCCCUCAUCGUCGCGGCAGCGGAUCUCCUCAAAUCCGCGUCCGCGCCGCUCGUGAUCGUCGGCAAGGGCGCAGCGUACGCCCGAGCCGAGAGCUCCAUCCGCAGCCUCGUCUCGACCCACCACUUACCUUUCCUCCCGACACCCAUGGGCAAGGGCGUCGUGCCCGACGCGCACCCGCUCAACACAUCGGCCGCCCGCUCCGCGGCGCUCAAGCACGCCGACGUGAUCCUCCUCCUGGGCGCGCGGUUGAACUGGAUCCUCCAUUUCGGCGAGGCGCCCAAGUACCGUCCGGACGUCAAGAUCAUCCAGGUCGACAUCUCCGCCGAAGAACUCGGCCGGGCCAACAGUCUCGGCCAGCCUUCGUUGAGCAUUUUCGGAGACAUUGGGUUAGUCGUGGAUCAACUCUGCCAGCAGCUCGGGAUGGGGUGGAAGGCGUUUUCGAGAGAUACAUUCCGCUCCUCCUCGCCGUCGCCGUCCUCGUCAAAGCCGUCAUACUUCUCCGUCCUCGCGGCAAGUGCAGCCAAGAACGAACAAAAGUCCGUCCGUCUGGCGACUACGCCUACCAAGCCCAACGCUCUGCUGACGUACGAGCGUGCCUACCACAUCAUCAAGUCUCAGCUCCACGCCCUCUCACCCCCUCAGGACGGCGGGGUCGUGUAUGUCUCCGAGGGGGCGAAUACGAUGGACAUCUCACGCAGCGUGUUCCCUCUCGAGCACCCGCGCCAGCGCCUGGACGCUGGCACAUACGCGACCAUGGGCGUGGGGAUGGGAUACGCGAUUGCCGCCUGGGCGGCGUACAACAUCCCUCAUCGCGCCGCAAAAAAGAUCGUCGCGCUCGAGGGGGACUCGGCGUUUGGGUUUUCGGGUAUGGAGAUCGAGACCAUGGCCCGGCACAAGAUGGACGUCCUGAUCAUCGUGAUGAAUAACAGCGGGAUAUACAAGGGCGAUGCAGCGGACGAGACGGGCUGGAAGGAGAAGCAAGCGCAGACCGCGAGUGAUGAUACGAAGAUUGUCACUGUCCCCAGGGAGGGCAAACAGAUUGAUGGCAGGAGAGGACUCCGGAGUACGUCCCUCUUGUACGAGACGCGGUAUGAGUGUCUCGCCGACAUGGUCGGUGGGAGAGGCUGGCUUGUGCGCACCGAGGACGAGUUGGCCGAGGCGACGAGGCAGGCGUUCCUCGAGACGGAAAAGGUCUGUGUCUUGAACGUCAUCAUCGAUCCCGGGCUGAACAGCGCGGCAAGCUUUGGGUGGAUGGAGACCAAGGAAAAACACGGCGGCGGAGGAGGGGAGAGCAAAUUGUGA